UCCGAUGGAUGUCAGCAAGUACAGCCAAAAAAGAAAAUGUCCAACAACACCUUCUCCUCAAAAAGGGAGUAAAAUCCCUAUUCUGGACAACUAACUAAGAACAAAAAAAAAAAAGAAUUAAGCUCAAUGUGGGAAUGUGUUUCUGAGUUUAGUCAGCAGUUGAGGUGGAAAUUCUCUGCAUGUUAAUGUUCAUCUUAUUUUUCCAGGUGGGGGGAGCCUAGCGUGGCUUCUUCAAUGUGGCUCCUGUUUGGGAAUUGUGUGGUUGUGAAACCUUCAGAGCUAAGCAGAUGCAGUGAAAAGCUCAUGGCUGAAGUGCUGCCUACCUACCUUGACCCAGAAACCUUUGCAAUGGUGACAGGAGGCCGUGAAACAACUGCCAGAUUAUUGGAGAACAAGUUUGAUUUCAUCUUCUUUACAGGGAAUAACCCUACUGGAAAAAUUGUCAUGACUGCAGCAGCCAAGCAUCUGACACCAUUGGCUCUGGAGCUGGGAGGCAAAAAUCCUUGCUACGUGGAUGGCUGCUGCAAAUUCCAGAAUGCAGCCAACCGAAUAGUGUCGACAAAAUUCUUCAAUUGUGGCCAGAAUUGCCUUGCACCAAAUUAUGUGAUUUGUACUGCUGAUACACAAGACAGGCUCAUUCCCUGCUUACGUCAGGCUAUUCAUCGCUUCUAUGGCCCCAACCCUCAAGAGUCACCUGACUUGGGCCGCAUGAUCAAUGAUGAGCAUUUCCAGCGUGUCCGUGCACUUCUUGACUGUGGCAGAGUGGUCAUUGGCGGAGAGACAGAUGAGCAUGACCGUUACAUUGCCCCCACGGUGCUGGCUGACGUGAAGGAAUGGGAACCAGUCAUGCAACAGGAAAUCUUUGGGCCUAUCUUGCCUAUUUUCACUGUGCCAAGCUUGGAUGAAGCCAUCCAGUAUAUCAAAUGUGGGGAUGACCCACUGAUUGUCUAUGCUUACUCCUGUCACCGCAAGGUCGUGAACCGGGUAUUGGAUUCCACUAGCAGUGGUAACUUUAGUGGCAAUGAUGGCGUAACACAUACGUCAUUGGUCUCCCUACCAUAUGGUGGAGUUGGAUUCAGUGGGUUCGGAAAGUACCGUGGCAAGUUCAGUUUCGACCUUUUCACUAACCAACGUGGCUGCCUCAUUCGCCGCAUGGGCCUUGAAGCAAUCAACCGAAUACGCUAUCCACCCUAUACUGAAUGCAAGCUGAGAAUGAUGAUGGCUGCUACAGAAGUGAGGCGCAGGUGCUUUUGCACCCUGCUGUGAACUCCCUAAACAGCACAGGCCUUAUGUUUCCCCUUCAGUCUCCACCUUCUGCAGAAAACUUGUCCCCUUUCUUGUCUCCUUGUCAGCUAUCUUACCAUUCUAAUCCCAGUGUUAAGUAUGAUACUGGGUAGACUGUCUGUCUUUGCCAGUUGUUGGGAAGGGUAAGAAAAAGCAAGGGGCUAGUAAAUGUGGUGUGAUGUGAUUGCACAGUACACCUUCCAUUCCCAGACUGAAUUGUCUCUAAUUAUUGUCUCUAAUUAGGACUAAUCAGUAUCAUGAACUAAAGAUGAUAAAAGCAUUGAUUUAAGUUGUCAGUUUAAUUUCCCUAUGAAUUAUUUUAUGAAAAACGGUAUUGCAACCUGAUUUGGUAUCAAUGGAACCAGUCCCUUCUCGAGAGGACUGUUCUACCUCUAUAGUGAAAUAGUCACCUACAUUAGUGUAACCAUAUUGGUACAGUAAAUCAGAAGGAGGAAUACUGACAGGUCUCUACAGAAUGAUAAGAGAAUGUAUGGGGGUGAAUUAUAAAGGCUGGGUCCUUAAGACAGUUUAUUUCCAAACAGAUUCAGAAGUAAAAUCAGUGCAACAGUCCUUCUGUUGCUCAUGUAUUUUCCAUGUAGCUAUGCUUCUUUUCAUAGGUAUAACUUUUCUGGUAGGCCCAAUUCCUCCACUAUCACUUUCCGCAUAUUAAUUAUACCCUGAACUCUGAUUUCUCCUCUCAUCAAAAUCUGCAGCUUGUACCUAAGUGUGAUUACUCAGAACUAAAGCUGACCAAAUUCAAUGGGACUUUUUUUCCUAGCAACUAUACUCAGGAUUGCCUUGCUGACAUGUUUUGCAGAUAUCUAGAGAUUUCAUGCAAGUGUUUUGCUUCUUUAAUAAAGCUCUCAUA